CAGCCACUAUAACAGCCAGAAAACCUUAUCCACGUCUUCCAUUCAGAACGAAAUCCCAAAGAAGAAAGCCAAGUUUGAUGCCAUAUCUGCCAAUGGUGACAGCGUUCCUUCCUCUCCCGAGAUGCUUUGCCCCCUUAUCCAGAGGGCCCCGUCCAGGUUGGCGCAGUGGGCUGCUUCCCAACAGACUCUCGGGGCCCACCAUUGUCCUGUUGCUCAAGGCAUUGACAUCCUGAAUUUUUCUCCAGACCUCGCCCUGGACUCCCCUGGCACUGACCACUUUGUCAUCAUUGCCCAGCUGAAGGAGGAAGUGGCUACUUUAAAAAAGAUGCUUCACCAGAAGGAUCAGAUGAUUUUGGAGAAGGAGAAGAAGAUCACAGAGCUGAAAGCUGACCUACAGUACCAGGAGUCACAAAUGAGGGCAAAGAUGAACCAAAUGGAGAAGACACACAAGGAGGUCAUGGAGCAGUUACAGGAAAGAGGAAUCAAGGCUCCCCGGGAGCUGGCGAGGAGCCCCAGCACCUUCAUUCCCCUGGGAGAGGCAGAGAUAGCGCUGUGCUUUCGUCACUGUGCUGGGGGGCCGACCCCCAUCUCUCCUCCCCUGCGCUCCAGAGUCCAAACAAACAACCCAACCCACAGGCUGAGCUGGACAGGCUGUGUGGGAUCUGCCAUGGAGACCCCCAAACACCCUCUGCCCCCUGGGGCUGGGAGUGGGGGCCACCGGCGGUGUCCGUUCCGGAGGCGGGGCGCUUCCAAUGGGAUCCCGCAGGAAGGUGGGGAGAGCCUGCACCAGCUCCUUGAAGCCUUCCUCUCAGCAGGCAGAGUGGACCACAUCGCCAUGGUCAUGGGGCUGCACCCCCAGUACCUCAGCAUUUUCUGGAAGACCCAGUACCUCCUGCUGCGCAUGGAUGGGCCCCUGCCCUACCACAAGCGCCACUACAUUGCCAUCAUGGCAGCAGCCCGGCACCGCUGCUCCUACCUGGUGGGGUUGCACAUGGGGGAGUUCCUGCAGGUGGGGGGAGACCCUGCGUGGCUGCAGGGGCUGCACUGCGCCCCUCAAAAACUCCGGAACCUCAAUGAGAUCAACAAGCUGCUGGCGCACCGGCCCUGGCUCAUCACCAAAGAGCACAUUGAGGCUCUGCUGAAGCCGGGGGAGGACAGCUGGUCGCUGGCAGAGCUGGUGCAGGCGCUGGUGCUCCUCACCCACUACCACUCGCUUGCAUCCUUUGUCUUCGGCUGCGGCAUCAAACGCGAGGAGGACCAGGAUGUGGGGAACGGCUGCUGGGCCCCCUCAGCUCACAGCAACAGCAGUGCUGCCUCUGAUGACAGCAUGGGGGGCUCUGGGGGCACGGAUGCUGCACAGGAGGUGGAGGUGCUGAUGGAGAGGAUGAAGCUGCUGCAGGAACACCAGCUGGAGGAGGAGGGCGUCACACAGGAGGAGAUGGCGACACGCUUCGAGCUGCAGAAGACGGAGAGUCUGCUGGUCCCUUCCUCAGAUAUUUUGGAUCCCUCCCUGCAGUCCAGCAUCCGCUGCUUCCUGGAGGAUCCUGAAUUUGGAUACAAGGACUUCACACGGAGGGGGGAGCAGGCCCCCCCCACUUUCCGUGCACAGGAUUACACCUGGGAGGACCACGGCUACUCGCUGAUCAACCGCCUGUACCCCGACAUGGGGCAGCUCCUGGAUGAGAAGUUCCAGGUGGUUUACAACCUGACCUACAACACCAUUGCCAUGCACUGUGGCGUGGACACCUCCGUGCUGCGCCGCGCCAUCUGGAACUACGUCCACUGCGUCUUUGGCAUCCGCUAUGAUGACUACGACUAUGGGGAGGUCAACCAGCUCCUGGAGCGCAACUUAAAGAUCUACAUCAAGACAGUGGCUUGCUACCCGGAGAAGACAACCAAGCAGAUCUACACACAGUCCUGGAGGCACUUCAAACACUCAGAGAAGGUGCACAUCAACCUGCUGCUGCUGGAGGCACGGAUGCAGGCAGCUCUGCUCUACGCCCUCAGGGCUGUCACCCGCUACAUGACCUGAGCUGCCUCUGCCCUCUCCUCCUGCUCCUGCCCUGGCUGCGUGGGCAAGGCCAGGGGGCAGCUGGUACCCUGAAAAUUCAUCUGGAGUUUUAUCUCCCUGCUUAAUGGGCUUAGAGCUGUGGAAGUAAAGUGGGAGUUUCCCUGCGCUUUCUUCUAGGUAAGGGGAGCCCCCAAGAAGCUGUUGGGGCUGGGAAGACCCCGAAGUGCUGCCCUGGGCUUGGCAGAGCUGUGAGUGCUCCACUGCUCCCUUUUGGGGUUAGCCUGAGUGAAGCCAGACUGGGAUGUCUGUGGGUGCAGUGCUGGUGUUACACCCCUGUGACAGGUCCUGGCACCAAGGCUGCCACUGAAGAGGACUGUCCCCCUGCCAGGGAUGGCCAGAGGAUUUCAUGGGCUUCAUCCCUGCUUUCUGGGUCCUGCCGUGCUGGGAGACACAGCUGCUGGUGGGGGUGCUGCCCAGGAACCCCUCCCCACCUUUCUGCCUCAUCCCUGCAGUUUGGGAUGUGAAGUGCCUUUAACCUCAGUGCCAGGGCAGGGGCAGGGAAAGGGCAGGAAUAACUGUGUUUUAAGCCUUUUGGCAUUGUUGGCUUUAGGGCUGAGGUGGGGAGCUGUGCUGGGGCAUCAGGCUCCCUCAGCCCCUCUCCUGCUGUGAGGGUGGCAGGGUGGGAUGGGGUGACCAUGGCUUUACUCAGACAUGCCAGAGAAUUCCCAGCAGCACAGGCUGCCAUGGAGGUGCCUGUUGUGGGAGCAGGAGCCAGGGCCAGCAGCAUCACCACCUUUGGUUUGGCUGUUGAAUCACAGGUCCAUUUAAGUUAUUUCUGUAUUUUUUGGGUAUAUUAACUCCUGACUAGGCAUGGAAAUGCCUCUGUAACUUUGCUAUUAAUCUUGUUUGAAAAAAAUAAAAUAGUUCUUUUUUUAUUC